AUGUUUCCGUUAACAAGCAGUAUUACAAGUAUCAGGCAUCUUUGCAAUACAAAUUUUUUAAUAAAUUUUGAUAGUAAAAUAUAUGUAUAUCAACAUUAUCAACAUCCCCGAAGACGAUCCUCGACGACAGCGCUACUACGUGGAAAUGGAAUACCUUCACCAGAUCGGCACGCCAUCCCCGGAGGAAUAAUAAACCAAAAAUGUGCAUCAACGUUGCAUAUAAAACAUUUUAGUACGGAAAGUAAUAAAGAAUUGGAAAGAACAUUAAUAUAUACAGGAAAAUUAUCAAACAAAAUUCGUAAUAUUAAAAUUUUUUCUUUCGUAUCAUCGUUUGGAACCCUAUUGUUUCAACCUAUGCUAUAUAUGAGGGCUGUUGAACAAGAUGCUAUGUUAGGUUUUAUAGGAAUGUUUGGAAUUCUUGGCUUCUUUACGAUAGGCAAUCCAUUAUUAAUACAUUCGAUAGCAAGGAAAUAUGUAACAAGUUUAUAUUAUUAUCCUAAAGAAGACAAGUAUGUUGCUGAAAUCUAUUCUUUAUUUCUUCGCAAAAAAGAGAUUACCUUUACAGCAGAUGAGGUACAUGUACCUAAUGUAGAUGGUAUGUUCUCAAUUUGCUAUGUAAAAGGAUCUCCACUGUUUUUUAAUCAAGAUGAUUUUGAAGAUGUUACGCAUUAUAAUAACAUUAUGGGGCUUUAUAAACCAAUAGAUUUUAAAAUGAACAAUGUCAUGGAGCGAAUUAAAGCAAUCGAAGAGGACGAUAACCAUCUAGAAUUAAAAAAAAAAAAACAAUAAAGAUAA